CUCGCCCUUCUCCGCCGGGUGGCUCUGUCCAGCCUUGCCUCACGAUGCGCUCGGGGCUGCUCCUCCUGCUGGCCCUGGCUCUCGGGGUGACCGUCUCGUGGGCUGCCAGCCGGACCCCAUACCAGCAGAUCCUGCACCAUAGCCGGAUCCGGGGCAGGCAUCAAGGUCCGAAUGUGUGUGCUGUGCUGAAGGUCAUUGGAACAAACAGGAAGUACUUACCGAACUGCAAACUGUGGUACCAGAGGAAAAUCUGUGGCAAACAAACGGUGAUUGCAUAUGAAUGUUGCCCAGGUUAUGAAGAGGUUCCUGGAGAAAAAGGCUGCCCAGCUGCUUUGCCUCUUGCAAAUCUUUAUGAGACACUUGGAGUUGUUGGGGCCACCACCACUCAACUUUACUCCUUCAGCUCCAAUCUGAGUGCUGAAAUCACAGGUCCCGGGAGCUACACGAUUUUUGCCCCAACCAAUGAAGCCUGGGCAUCCUUGCCUGCUGAAACAUUGGAUUCCUUGGUAAGCAAUGUUAACAUUGAGCUGUUAAAUGCUCUUCGCUACCAUAUGGUGAAUAAGCGACUCCUAACUGAUGAACUGAAGCAUGGAAUCUCUUUGCCUUCAAUGUACCAAAAUAUUGAUCUCCAGAUCCACCAUUAUCCAAAUGGAAUUGUGACAGUGAACUGUGCUAGGCUACUGAAGGCUGACCAUCAUGCAACCAAUGGGGUGGUCCAUCUGAUAGACAAAGUCAUUUCCACAACAACAAACAAUAUCAUGCAGAUUGUUGAAAUUGAAGAAAGCCUUGACACUCUCAGGACUGCUGUGGUAGCAGCUGGACUCAAUAAUCUUUUGGAAAGCGAGGGGCAGUUUACUUUGUUAGCACCAACCAAUGAAGCUUUUGCAAAGAUACCACAAGAAACUCUAAACAGAAUCCUGGGAGACCCAGAAGCUCUGAAAGACCUGUUGAGCAACCAUAUUUUGAAAUCUGCCAUGUGUGCUGAAGCGAUCAUUGCUGGUUUAUCCAUGGAAACCCUCGAGGGCAACAUGUUGGAAGUUGGCUGCAACGGCGAUGAGCUAACUCUCAAUGGGAGGCCCAUCAUUGCCAACAAGGAUGUUAUAGCAACCAAUGGUGUGAUACACUAUGUCAAUGAACUACUCAUCCCAGACUCAGCCAAAACUUUGUUGGAGUUGGGUAGGGAAUCCGAAGUUUCAAUGUCUGUUGAAAAUUUUAGACAAGCUGGUCUCGGUUCCUAUCUCACUGGCAAGGAGCGACUGACACUCCUGGUGCCCAUCAAUUCUUUCUACAAAGACCAGACUCCAUUAACAGAUCGCAACUUGCUCCGUGAUCACAUUGUGAAAGGCCAGCAUUCCUCCAAGUACCUUUUCCAUGGACAGAAGCUAGAAACUCUGAGUGGCAAAGAACUAAGAGUUUUUGUGUACCGCAAUAAUUUGUGCAUUGAAAAUGCCUGCAUUGCUGCCCAUGACAAGAGAGGAAGAUUUGGCACCUUGUUUAGCGUAGAUAAGUUUUUGACACCUCCUGUUGGAACCGUGAUGGAUGUGCUCAAAGCAGAUGACCGCUUCAGCACUCUUGUGGCUGCCAUCCAAUCUGCAGGUCUGACAGAAACAUUGAACAGGCCAAAGUCCUUCACAGUGUUUGCACCAACAAAUGAAGCUUUCCGAGCCAUUCCUCAAGGGGAGCUGAGGAAACUUAUGGGUAACGCGAAUGAACUCGCCAAUAUUCUGAAAUAUCACAUUGGAGAUGAAAUAUUGGUUAGUGGAGCGGUUGGUGCUGUUGUCAGGAUGAAGUCUCUUCAGGGAGAUAAACUGGAAGUCAGCUCUAAAAACAAUGUCAUAAAUGUCAAUAAGGAACCUGUUGCUGAGGCUGAUAUCAUGGCCACUAACGGCGUGAUCUAUGCAGUGAAUACUGUUUUACAACCACCAGCUUCGACACCCAGUGAACGGAGUGAUGAGCCUGCAGAUCCUGGCAUGGAAAUCUUCAGGCAUGCUUCUGCAUUAUCCAAGGUUUCCUUGAGGAAUGCUCGACUAGCUCCUGUGUAUGCCAGAUUGUUAGCAAGGAUGAAGCAACAGUAAAGUGACAGCAGUUUUACAAGUCAAGCACAACCAACGAUUCAGCCUGUUUUUGCCUUUGGGUUGUUGAAGAGAAGGACUCCAUUUUGAAAAUAAAACCAAAGACCAUCUUCAUUAUGUAUUGUGCAGAAGUUACAUUUUUUUCCCCUGAUAAAGGAGAGAAAAUAAAAGCCAUAUAUAUUUAAACCUUUAUGUGAUAGGCUACAUGUGUUCCCAUCUAUACCUAGCAAUCGAGGUGGCCUUAUCUGUUCCCAGACAAUUUUGGCCCAGUCUCCAAAUGUGCAAGAGCUGAGCUUGACUGUGACCAAUAAUUACACUUAAAUCUAUGCCUUUCAGAUUAAAUCUAUGCCUUUUAAAAAUGUUUAAGAUUUAACAUUUUCGUGGACAGUCAGAAGCCGAAUGUAUUCUCAUAUGGUGCGAUAGACCAUUGUACCCCCUCUCCCAGAGCCUUCUUCCUUAUCUGGCAGCGGCUCUUCAAAUUCUCAAGUCUGGACCAUUCCCAUUCCUUCUAACCAAGCCCUUUACCUGCUGGCCUUCUGCACACAAACCAGCCACACUACCCAGACCUGGAAAACUUUUUGGUUUUGGACUUCAGCUCCCAUGAUCCUUCAGUUUUGCUGAGCUUUCUCCAGAGCCCAAACAUGUAAUUUGUCUCAGCUCUGAUUGUAUCACUGAGCUACAUACUAUUUCUCUUUUAAUUCCUCUGAAAGUUAAGUUUCCCCCCCACUGCAGAGAUUCUGAUGAAAUAUUUUGGACUUGAUCUUCAGAGACAACAUUAAUCAUGCUAGCCUGAAGUAGUCUCAGGAUCUAUUUUAUGCUAUAUGUUUUAUAUAGUCAGAAAGCAAAAUACGGUCACUGAGUUUGAUCCUAAACCUUUGUACUUGUUCACAUCAAAAAAUAAAAUCAAUGGUGCUCAUGUA